AUGCCAGAAAAUCUUAAAGAAUAUAUCAAAAUGAAUGGAUAUAACGGAUAUUUUAAUCCAUUCAAGUCAUUAUUGCACACUUUGAGAUUAAAGAAGCUUUUUCCAACCAUUUUAAUUUGCGGAAUAUUUACUAUUUUAUUUAUGCAAUAUGAUAUUCAUUCAGUUCCCUAUAAAUUUACACAACGUUCUGUUGGAAUAUCUCAAGAAUCGUACAGAAAUGGUGUUAAUAAAUGUAAUAUGAUAAAACAUGUCAAGCCCGAUAAUAAAUUUAAACGAACAAGUAACCCUAGAUUUGUUUCGGGAACAAAAACUAUCAUUUUGAAAAAUGGAAAGAUCUUAAAUGGAAAAGGAGAAAGUAUUUUAGGCGAUAUCAUGCUAAAAAAUGGGUUAAUUCACGAUAUUGGACCGAAUCUCACUGAUGAGGAUGCUAUUGUAAUUGAUGUUAAAGAAAAAUUUAUUACGCCGGGACUCAUUGAUAUGCAUAGUCAUGUUGGUAUCGAGUCUUGGCCAAUUUUGUACGCUAACUUCGACUCUAAUGAAGCCACCGAUCCGAUUAGACCUUAUGUUCGCGCUCAAGACGCCAUCAAUCCAAGUGAUCCAGGAAUUAGAAUUGUUGCAUCCGGUGGUGUUACAACUUCAUUGGUUUUACCUGGUAGCGCUAAUUUGAUGGGUGGUGAAGGCUUUGUUAUUAAGAUGCGUUCCGUCGAUACUCUGUCAGUGGAUGAUAUGGGAAUUAAUGCGAAUAUUGAUCCUGAAAAAGAGAGAGCUUGGCGUUGGUUAAAAAUGGCUUGUGGUGAAAAUAUAAAGAGGAAUUAUGGUUCCGUCGGACGAAUGCCUUCUACACGGCUGGGAGAAGCAUGGCUCUUCCGUAAACUCUUUAAUGAGGCACGGGUGUUGAUGCAGAAACAAGAUGAUUGGUGUAAAGCUGCUGAAAAAUUAAGUGGUGACGAACAAUUGAACUCAUAUUUUCCGGAAGAUCUUCGACUUGAAAGUUUGGUGGCAUUAUUAAGAGGCGAUGUGAAGCUGAAUGUCCAUUGUUAUGAGACAUAUGAUAUAGAAGCAAUUAUUCGACAUUCUUUGGAAUUUAAUUUUACUAUUGCAGCUUUACAUCAUGCACUAGAUGCUUAUCGUAUUACUGAAAUUAUUAAAAAACGUGUAAAAAAUAAUAUUACUAUUGCAACAUUUUCUGACUUGUGGGGCUACAAGAAGGAAGCAUUUCAAGCUAGUACAAAGUCUCUGAAAAUUUUAACUGAUGCGCAAAUUCCCCAAACUUUGAUGUUUGAAGCCUCCAAGGCAAAUUAUUAUGGUCUUGAUGAACAUCUUUCUCUUGCAGCUGUCACAUCAGUGCCCGCAAAGGCGCUUGGUUUAGAUCAUCGCAUUGGUCAAAUUUCAAAGGGAUAUGAUGCUGAUGUUGUGGUUUGGGAUUCUUAUCCACUUGAUUUGGGUGCAACUCCAUUAGAAGUUUAUAUCGAUGGAAUUCCUCAAUUCAACACUUCUUCAUUGCCUGCUAAAUCACGAUUAACCUCCUCCGUUGUGUUAAAAAAUGUUGCCAAAAUUUAUGUUGAUAAGGACCAUAUAAUUGAUACCACUUCAUCAACACAAGGAGAUAUUAGCGUAAUAGUCAAAGAUGGCAUUGUUGAAUGUAUUGGUAUUAAUUGUACAGAACCAGAUCAUAUUUCAUCAUAUGAAGUAAUUGAUUUAAAUGGUGGAUACAUCUUACCAGGAUUCAUUGCUGUUACGCCAUCUCUAGGAUUAUCAGAGAUCGAUGUGGAACCCUUCACAACAGAUGGUAUAGUGACAGCUGUAUCCAAUCCUAACGACGCUGAAAAAAUUAUUUACGCAAUUGAUGGAUUGAGGUUGGGAGGCAAACAUUUAGAGGCCGCGUAUAAGGCUGGAUUACUUACUGCUGUCACAGCACCUUUAUCGCAUGAAGGCGUGUUUAUUGGGGUUUCUAUGGCUUUUGAAACAGGCGCUAGCUCUGAUUGUGAUCCUAAUCCGAUUGUUAAGGAACAUGCAGCACUUCAUGCUCAGAUAGGGACUGCAUUCAAAUAUUCCACCAUACCGACAGUCUCGGGUCAAAUUGCUUUGAUAAGAAAAACCUUAAUAAAGAAUCUAAAGCAACAUAAUAUCUUUGGUCGUGCUGCACGAGGGGAUAUCCCUUUAGUAGUACAAACUCACAGCAAAGAUGAAAUUGCUUCAUUGAUCCGAUUGAAAAUUCAAAUUAAAAAUAAUGGAGGUCAUUUAAACCUUGUGAUAUUGGGUGGUACUGAAGCACAUAUGCUUGCUGUUGAAUUGUCUAAACAUAAAAUACCUGUAAUACUUAUCCCAUCCCGACCUACUCCAGUGUCAUGGACAGCUCAACAUGCAUUAACAGGAGCACCUAUUACCAAUACAACCGGGAUUGAGAUACUUCAUGCCAAUAAAGUUAUAGUAGGAAUAGGUGUAAUAGAAACGGGUAGGGAAAGAAAUUUAAUUUGGGAAGCUGGCUGGGCAGGUAUAAAUUCGAGAGGGGUUAUUUCCGAAAAAGAUGCGCUUGGGUUUAUUUCAUGGAACUUGGAAGAAAUUUUUGGGUUAAAUGAGAAAAAUAGAAGGUUAAUGAAAGGCAACAUUGCAAAUUUUGUGGCCUAUGAUGGGAAUCCUUUUGAUAUGAAAACAAGGGUGAGAAUUGUUGCUGGAGGUGGUAAGAGUAAAAUUCUUAUUGAUCCUCAACAGGAUUAG